UUUAUCGGCGCCGAAUCGAAGAUGCUAUCGCGCCAAUCUCUCGGUCGGGGCGCUCAGCGCGUCAUUAAGCGACAAUGCUGUGUCCAGCUCGGACGUAGAGGUCUGGCUACGCCAGCUUCGGGAUCAUUUCAAUAUCAAACCGGAGAGGCCAACGGCGUCAAAUUUGCCAGCAGAGAUCUCCCAGGCCCGACUGCGACGCUUGCCCUGGUCUCGAAGACUGGUACUAGAUUUGAGCCAGCUCCCGGGUUGACCGAGGCACUCGAGAAGUUUGCAUUUACCGCGACCGAGCGAAGGUCUACUUUACGAAUCGUUCGCGAAUCUGAGCUUCUUGGCGGCGAGAUCUCCGCAAACCACUCCCGCGAGAAUCUCGUCCUCGGAGCCAAGUUUCUCAGAGAUGACCUCCCUUACUACGUCGAGCUCCUUGCCGAAGUCGCGUACCGCACAAAAUAUGAGAACUACAUUCUGAAUGAGGAGGUCAUCCCGACCAUCCAGAAGGCCCAUAAAAAGUUUCUCGCAAACGUUUCCGAACUGGCAAUCAACUCUGCGCAUGGAGUUGCUUUCCACCGUGGCCUCGGUGUCCCACUGUAUCCAGCUUCGUCUACCCCAACAUCGAAAUAUAUCACCUUAGAAAACGUCCAAAACUUUGCAAACUCGGCAUUCUCAAAACCCAACUUCGCUAUAGUAGCAAAUGGAGCUGAUCAAUCUGAACUGUCGAAAUGGGUUGGCGAGUUCUUCUCAGACAUUCCCGCUUCAGGCAAGGCUAUCGAAAGCCAGCAGCAGAAAUACUAUGGUGGCGAGGAGCGUAUUGCUCAUGGUUCGGGCAGUGCUAUGGUCAUCGCAUUUUCGGGAUCAAGCUCCCCAACCGGAGGCUUCUACAAGCCCGAAAUUCAAGUCCUCGCUUCAAUCCUGGGUGGCAAGUCCAGCAUUAAAUGGUCAUCUGGUUUCUCGGUCCUCGGCAAACAAUCUGCAUCGAGCCCAGGCCUAAGCGUAGACACCAAGAGCCUUAUAUACUCGGAUGCUGGUUUAUUGGCCACUACACUUCAGGGACCUGCUGAAUAUAUCGCCAAGGCUGCUGUUGAUGUUGUUUCUACGCUUAAAUCCAUCGCCGGAGGGGACCUCAACACCGAGCUUUUCAAGAAGGCCAAAGCUCAUGCUAAGUUCCAGGAGCUUGAAUUUGGCCAGAAUGUCAAAUCCGGCCUUGAGCUAACAGGAUCUGGACUUAUCCAGGGAGGCAAAGCCUACCAAAUCGACGAGACCGCCAAGGCUAUCGACGCUGUGACUGAAUCACAAGUCAAGACCGCUGCCAAACAACUUUUAGAAUCCAAGGCAUCUGUGUCCAGUGUGGGAGACCUGCAUCAACUGCCGUUCGCAGAGGAACUUGGCCUGACGGUGUAAAUAGAGAGAAUCAAGAAAAGGCGCCGGCA